CAGCGACAAGUUAGUCGCAAGAUGAAGAAAAAAAGGGUAUCAAUCGUACUAAGCCUAAUACUGAGCUUAGUCGGACAGACACUUGAAGAUGAGCCGAAAGUUUCAACUCCAGAAUCAGCUGCAACACCUGAACCAACUGCACCACCUGCAGCUGCCGAGGAACCUCCUAAGAUCAAUCAGCCAAAGUCUUUAAACAAAUCGCCCGCAUCCAAGUGCAAAUCAACCGAAGUUCUAUCCGAGAAUGGCUGCGUGGAUCGCGAGUUCUUCCUGAGCCGGAUCAUCAUGCGAUCCUGGAAGGACGAAGGCUUCGAGAGGGCAAAGGCCAGGGCCGGCCUGGUGGACAAUAUGCAGUGCAGGGAAGGCGAGAUCAGGACUCCUUUUGGAUGUGAAAAGCCUCGGUUAGCACCGCACAGGGAAUUUAAUCGAGUUAAAGUGCUCCACAGUAGACUAGAGCGCGACAAGGUGCGACACGGCGGCUAUGAUUAUAACUUAAGGCACUCAGGGAAUGACGGAGAGCACAAAUUUAUUAAAAGACCUAGAAAAUUGGGACCUCCAAUAACUGGUACCAAUCGGCCACGGACGUACGUAUUCUUGCCUGGCAGAACUCUAAGAGAUGGACUCAUGUGCCGAACUAAUGAGGUGACUGGAAGAGGGAGUCGCUGCAUCCAUAGAAGGCGACAUGUAAAAACGAAAUCAAUGCGAACUCACUCAUGAGAACUCACCAAAAAAAAGUAGGCUAAUUUGUUGGUUAAAAUA